AUGAGCCAAAGCCAGCCGCGGAGAAGCGGCUCGCCCGUCGGCGGGGCCAGGAGGAACGACAGCCGGGACUACCUGCUCAUGGACUCGGAGCCGGGCGAGGAGAACUGCGCGGCGCCCUGCGCUUACUACCCCGCCAGAGGCGUUGAGAACAGACAUGCCCUCCGACAACAGACUAUAGUCCGGGAGAAGGGCAGGAGGCUCGCCAACCGAGGCCCGGCAUAUAUGUUUAAUGACCAUUCGACCAGCCUUUCUCUAGAAGAGGAGCGUUUUUUGGAAGCAGCAGAAUACGGAAACAUUCCCGUCAUCCGUAAAAUGCUGGAGGAAUGUGUUUCGCUGAACGUGAACUGCGUGGACUACAUGGGGCAAAACGCACUGCAGCUGGCAGUAGCGAAUGAGCACCUGGAGAUCACCGAACUUUUGCUUAAGAAGGAGAACCUUUCGCGGGUCGGGGACGCCCUGCUUUUGGCCAUUAGCAAAGGGUACAUCCGUAUCGUGGAAGCCAUCCUAAGUCACCCUGCGUUCGCCGAGGGCAAGAGGCUGGCCACGAGCCCCAGCCAGUCAGAGCUACAGCAUGACGACUUCUACGCCUACGACGAGGACGGGACCCGCUUCUCCCACGAUGUCACCCCCAUCAUCCUGGCCUCUCACUGCCAUGAGUACGAAAUCGUGCACACCCUGCUGAGGAAGGGGGCGCGUAUCGAGAGGCCGCACGACUACUUCUGCAAAUGUAGCGAGUGUAAUAAGAAACAGAAGCAUGACUCUUUCAGCCAUUCCAGGUCCAGGAUCAACGCCUACAAAGGCUUGGCUAGCCCGGCUUACCUGUCCUUGUCCAGCGAAGAUCCGGUCAUGACCGCCUUAGAACUCAGCAAUGAGCUAGCUGUGCUUGCUAACAUUGAGAAAGAGUUCAAGAACGAUUACAAAAAACUCUCUAUGCAGUGCAAGGACUUCGUAGUCGGGCUUCUAGACCUGUGCAGAAACACAGAAGAAGUGGAAGCUAUCCUGAAUGGUGAUGUCGAGUUGAACCACUGGGAGCGCGGACGUCCUAGCCUCAGCCGCUUAAAACUCGCCAUUAAAUAUGAAGUUAAAAAAUUUGUAGCACACCCCAACUGCCAGCAGCAGCUCCUCUCUAUCUGGUAUGAGAAUCUGUCAGGUUUACGACAACAGACCAUGGCGGUGAAGUUUUUGGUGGUGCUUGCUGUUGCGGUUGGGUUGCCGUUCCUAUCUGUGGUUUACUGGAUUGCUCCGUGCAGCAAGGUGGGCAGGAUAAUGCGUGGACCAUUCAUGAAGUUUGUGGCACACGCCGCCUCUUUCACCAUUUUUCUGGGACUGCUGGUCAUGAAUGCGGCAGACAGAUUUGAUGGCACCAAAAUAAAACCUAAUGAAUCUAGGACUGAUAAUGAAGCACAGCUGUUCAGGAUGAAAACCUCCUGCUUCUCCUGGAUGGAGAUGCUUAUUAUCUCUUGGGUAAUAGGUAUGAUAUGGUCCGAAUGUAAAGAAAUUUGGUCCCAAGGUCCCAAGGAAUACCUUUUUGAGUUGUGGAAUAUGCUAGAUUUUGGCAUGUUGGCUAUUUUCGCUGCUUCCUUCAUUGCGAGGUUCAUGGCAUUUUGGCAUGCCUCCAGAGCCCAGAACAUCGUCGCUAAAUCCAACAUGUCAGCUGCAGUGCUGGACCCCAGCAUAAAGUACUACACUCUGGCUAGAAUAGACUGGGAUCCAUCCGACCCUCAAAUCAUAUCUGAGGGCCUGUAUGCAAUUGCCGUGGUUUUAAGCUUUUCAAGAAUUGCAUACAUUCUACCAGCCAACGAAAGCUUUGGACCGCUGCAGAUAUCCCUGGGCAGAACUGUGAAAGACAUAUUCAAAUUCAUGGUCAUAUUUAUCAUGGUGUUUGUGGCCUUCAUGAUAGGAAUGUUUAACCUCUACUCCUACUACUUGGGGGCGAAACAAAACGAAGCCUUCACUACAGUAGAAGAAAGCUUCAAAACUUUGUUCUGGGCAAUAUUUGGACUCUCAGAAGUUAAAUCAGUUGUCAUUAACUACAAUCACAAGUUCAUUGAGAACAUUGGUUAUGUCCUCUAUGGGGUCUAUAACGUCACCAUGGUUAUUGUUCUAUUGAACAUGCUUAUCGCAAUGAUCAACAGCUCUUUCCAGGAGAUUGAGGACGAUGCCGAUGUGGAAUGGAAGUUUGCAAGAGCAAAACUGUGGUUCUCCUAUUUUGAGGAGGGCAGAACUCUUCCAGUACCUUUUAAUCUAGUGCCUAGCCCCAAAUCUCUGCUUUACCUCUCGCUCAGAAUAAGGAAAUGGAUUUAUAAAUUACUUUGCCAUAAAAAAGGUUUCCAGGAAGAUGCAGAGAUGAAUCAGGUAGGCCAAAGAAAGCACUCAAGUAUAAAAAGCACAGAUGACCUCAAUUUAAACAGCUUAAGUAACCCUCAAAGGAAGUAUCAGAAAAUUAUGAAACGUCUUAUUAAGAGAUACGUACUGAAAGCUCAGGUGGACAAGGAGAGCGACGAAGUCAACGAAGGUGAGCUGAAAGAAAUUAAGCAGGACAUCUCAAGCCUGCGUUAUGAACUCCUUGAAGAAAAAUCACAGAACACAGAAGACCUGGCAGAACUCAUCAGAAAACUUGGGGAGAAAUUGUGCAUCGAGCCAAAACAGGAACAAAUUAACAGAUAACAGAAACUUCUUUCUGACGAGAAACACCACAUUGGCAGUCCACUGAA